AACAAAGUUGUCGACCGUGCAAGGCACACGGGGAGGGAUUUUGAGGAUCUGGAGCGGCUGGUUUGGUCCGUAGCGGUCUGGGGGGAUGCGGCUGUAACGGAGCACCGCUUCACACACUUUGUUCGUGUCUGUGCAAACUUGUCCGCUGCUGUUUGACCCAGUCCCGGACAGGAUUCCUCCUUUGAAAACGGGAAUGAUAAAAGCAGUCGAACACAGGCGGGUGGACGGACGGACGAACGGAGCAGCCGAUCGCCGUAUUUGUGAGUUUUCUGGGGCCCUUCUGAACUCAAACAUGUCCUUUUAAGUUUUACUCCAACACUUGUUCCUGAGAUGAACCACAGACGUGGGGUGAGUCGACUAUCUGAGCUCAAACGGAUUUAUUUUCUUGUCUACACUGGACCCACAUGAAGUCCUGCUGAAGCUCUCCGCAUUGUGUUUUUUAAAAAGAACACUGAAACGGAGAGACCACCCCCCCAAAGCCGCUCCGGGUACCUACCUAUGAAAGCACCCCAGUCCAACAUCUGAACCAGACUGGAAACUAUCAGAACAUGCAGAUGUGGAGCCACAUGAGGGGCCACAAAAGAGGCCCUCCACGACCAUAGGUCACGUAGAAGUGGCCUGGAUGUACGUCUCAACCAUUGCUUGAAUGGACUGACUUGAACUAUUGUCUAAAAAUCCAAUGGCUCUUUCCUCACCACAGCCUACCUGUGCCUGUGGGUUUUCCACAUGAGGCCAUUCAGAUGACUCAGAGGACUUCAGUCAUGUAACCCCCCUAUGAUGUCUUAAAGGUCUUAUUUAUCUUAUGUGUUAUAUUUAUUGUGAAUUUAAGUUGUUCUUUUUAGUUUCAAGGCCAGUUUUUAAGUUCUUCCUACUGAAUUUGGAAGUUAGCCAUUUUACCUGACGUAGUUAAAACUGUAGCCGGUUGUAGUUACUUUAUUCUGCUGUGUCAAAACACACUGUAAUUGAGAAAUUAUCUUAUUUGAGCUGGAAGACUUGACUGUCCCCAAACAGGAACUCAAACAAGACGGUAUCAUCAUGGACAGGCCAAUCAGCAAGUUAUUGGAAAAGUUAAAGCUAACAGACUCAGGCAGUGUGAAAUUCAACAGUUCAAAGAAAAAGCAUGACUCUGCCAGCAACUCGAAUAACAGCAACGCCAACAGUGGCAUCUCUGGAGGCAGCGGUGGGGGCAGCGGUCUGCCACCAGCUCCCAGCUCAGCAGCUGCCUCACCCUCAAGACCUGGCCAGUUCUCUCUUGCCUCUGCAACCACAAGCGAUGCAUGUGUUCCAGUGAGUGGGAGAGGUGGAGGAGGAUGUGGAGGAGGCAGUGGCACAGGAGCAGCAGCAGCAGCAGGAGGAGGAGGAGGAGGAGGGAUGGGCAUGCCUCCCACUCAACUUCUUACCUCACAACCAACUUCCGCCACAGUAGGUGCCAUACCUUCAGACGGUGAGCAGUCCCUUCACCCUUCCAUCUUGGCCCAAGUGAGGCGUCGUUCCCCCCAGCAGCGAGCUUCCUGUUACUUGGGUGAAGGUGUCGAUUCCCACCUGAGACGUGAGUCUGGCCUGGGUCCUGAGUGCGACCCCAUGGGUGCAUUUGGCUCCAAGGCAUCCCUCAAUCAGCGCCGCUAUUCCCUGGAGCUCCAGCAGCUGGUGAGGCGGCAGCAGCUCCUCUCCCAGCCACCCCCUCUUUCGGUCCCACCGCCAUACCCUGCAGCAGGUUAUGGAUCUGCACCCAGGAUGGGUGGAGGUGGUCUGGCUGAGGCCAGCUACCUCACUGAGCCGGAGCGUCACAAGCGAUUCUCACUUCAGGAAAGUUUGUUCUACAAACGCUUGAGCACAGGCAGUGAACUAUGGGAGAGCACCAGGCCAGCAUCCCUCUCUCACCCACCUCAUCGGCCAUCUGAUGUGACUGGAGGAGGUGUAGGAGGGGGUCUCUUCUAUCCCCCAGGACCAACAUUGAGUCCAUGCUCUUCAUUCAGUCUACAAGAGUCAGUCCUGGUCAGUCCCAGGUCCAGUUUUGCCUCCAGUACAGCCAGUGGUGGGGGAGGAGGGAGUCCCAUGGGAAGCCGCUGCAGCAGCAACCGAACCAGUGGCAUCAGCCUGGGCUAUGACUCCCGAUACUCGGCCUCUGGAGGCCUCCCUCCACAACAGCAGUCCCUGUCCUUGCAGACGGGGGGCUCCGCAGCUGGGUAUGGACCACAAGGUAGGGCUGGGGAGGCCUGGACUCACUACCUGGAGGCAGGGGUUCCUCCAAAUGCCCAUGACACUCGACACUCCUACCCACCUGCAGUUGGAAGUCCGGCUGCAGUGUGCUACCAGACUGGCCCUGAUUGGUGGGAGGAACAGCAGGUAGGAGUGAGAGGCAAAGAAGGGGGUUUGAUGGGGGAGAAGGCCCGCUACUCAGACCAGCCUGGAACCCGGUACCAAGAAGAGUUGACUCGGCUGCUGUUGAGAGAUGCAGCUCUAGAAGGGGAGGGACUCCUGGAAGGCCUGAUGCUGAAGGAGCACUUUCUUGGCACGACGACGCUUCCCAAACCAAGCACGGUGACACUUGGGUCAGCCUCACCUGCAGGACCAAUCAAAUCCCAGGAAGAUCAAGUAGUCGGGCCUGGAAGAGAGACUGUGGAGAACCGACAAGAGUUCUUUGGGACCUGUGUGAAGUGUGGGAAAGGCGUGUACGGGGCGGAUAACGCCUGCCAGGCCCUGGACAGUCUCUAUCACACUCGCUGCUUCACCUGUGUGUCCUGUGGACGCACCCUAAGAAACAAGGACUUCUACAAUGUCAACGGCUCUGUGUACUGUAAAGAGGAUUACAUGUUUUCAGGAUUCCAGGCUGCUGCUGAGAAGUGUAGUGUGUGUGGGCACCUUAUUCUGGAACAGAUCCUGCAGGCUCUGGGGAACUCGUACCACCCCGGCUGUUUCCGUUGUGUGGUGUGUUCUAAAGCUCUGGACGGGGUGCCUUUCACUGUGGACCAGCACAGCAACAUCUACUGUGUCACAGACUACAACAAGACUUUUGCUCCAAAGUGUGCUGCCUGUUUACAACCCAUCUUACCUACUGAGGGGAGUGAAGAGAUCCUCAGGGUCGUGUCGAUGAACAAGGACUAUCACUUUGAGUGUUACCACUGUGAGGAGUGCGGUAAGCAGCUGUCGGACAAACCCGGCUCCCAGUGUUUCCCUCUGGACUCACAUCUCCUGUGCCACUCGUGUCACAUGAGCAGAGUGUGUACCGCACACAACAUUCCCCCCCACAACGCACACUGAUCCACUCGUGCAGCUGUGGGCGUCGUCCAAAAAACUGGUCUUAAUAUGAUUUCUUUCUGUGCUUUUGCUUCGUCACACCAUCAACCUGCUGAUAGAGACAUUUCCACUGGUAUCAUUUCAUUGUUUUCUCAGACCAGGCCUGGUGUCAAAUGUACUGCCUGCUGUACGUCUUGUACUGUUAAAUAAGGGAACGGGGAAGAAACUACUGCUUUUUUGACUCCCUUCCCCAAUGUGGCUACUGUUUGCUGUAGAAGAACAAGGGAUUUUGCUCAACUGUUGUGUAUAUACUAUCGCUAGCAAACAUUUUGCACUUAAAUUUGAUUUUACUGAAAGAUUUGUUACGUAAAUCCAUACAAUUUGGGAAAUAUAUUACUGUAAUUUCUGUAUGUGGUAAUAAAUAUUUCAUUUUGUCUUUCA